CAGAAGGGGGAGGAGGAGGUCUCCUUCUUCCGAUUCAGCGACCGAGGCAGGCGAUUUAAAAAAAAAAAAAAUAAAAAUUUAAUUGAUCAAUAAAUUAAGCGCACCAAACCUAGAGGUGCGGGGCGGCUGAGGAAGACAAAAAAACCCGCACGGAUGUGUCUCCGAAGGCGCAGCGGAUACCGCCCUCCGGACCUGAUUAAUGCCAGGAUUGAGAGGUCCGAAGAAGAAGGGGGGAUGACAUGCAUGUGUCCAGCCUGCUAACAUCCCUGACGACUCGCACGCUAACAGACUGCCCACCCUCACGGCAUGGCGGAUGUCCUGUACACAGGUCCGAUCCCAGCUGAGCGGGCGGGUGAGCUGGCCAUGGGGGGAGGUCGCAGCGAGACCUCGGCUCUGAGCGGGGCAGGAGAGGCCCGGGGCUUGACCACUACCCAGAAUUCCCAGCGACCCAACGCCUGCUGCUUUUGCUGGUGCUGCUGUUGCAGCUGUUCAUGUCUCACUGUCAGGAAUGAAGAGGAGAGACGGAAAAGGAGAAGGAGGAAGAGAAUAUCGCAGGACACCAAGAUGGAAACCAAACUUGAAACUUGCCCCAAACCCUCGGUGGAGGAGAUCCGGAUGUGGUCUCAGUCGUUUGACAAGCUGAUGAGGAACCCAGCAGGUCGAAAUGUUUUCCGGGAGUUCCUACGAACAGAGUACAGCGAGGAGAACAUGUUGUUCUGGCUGGCCUGUGAAGACCUCAAACAAGAAAUCAAUAAGAGUGCCAUUGAGGAAAAAGCUCGGUCCAUCUACGAAGACUAUAUUUCUAUAUUAUCGCCAAAAGAGGUCAGUCUGGAUGCCCGGGUUCGAGAGGUGAUAAACAGGAAGAUGCAGGACCCCACACCUCACACUUUUGAAGACGCUCAGCUGCAAAUCUACACGCUGAUGCACAGGGACUCCUACCCACGAUUCCUCUCCUCCAAUAUCUACAAAACCCUGGUUCAGGGCGGGUCCCGCACCUCCUCAGAAUCCUAGUCCCCGCCGACCUCCAUGCUGCCUCGUAUUCCUCGGACAGGACGUACCGGAGCAUUUCCCCUCCUCUGUCCGACACUCCUCUUCCAUUUCAGUUUUAUUACUGCCACAUUUUUACCCUCUUUUAAACUAUCAGUUAAAUAUAUUUCCCUUUUCUUUUUUUCCUUACCUUUUUCUAUCUUUCUCCAUGCCAAAAGACCCUUGACAAUGACUAGAAUAGAAUAAAUGUUCUGCAAACAGAAGUGGAGAAAGUUAGAAUCACCCAACAUAUAUGACCAUAGAUGCACUUAAAUGAUCAAGAUUUAAUUUUUUCAAAAUGCAGUAAAAUGAGUUUUUACUCGUGUUUACAGGUCAAGAUUUAGUUUUCACCUCUUCCUCGUUUUUUUUUUAUUUAUCUAUCCUCCACCUUUCUCACCUCAGCAGAAAAUAACCGGAAAAGGAAGCAUUCCUGGAUAUUUAAGUAUUUAUCAGUAAGGAUCUACUGUUAUGUGGAGAUGUACUUGACUACUUUGUGAGAGUCUGAUGCAUUUCAAGAGGAAAAACCUUCAUCUGUGCCAUGAACUUUCAGUGGGUUUUUACUGACAUCACCCUGCCUUUUUUGUUACACUCCAGUCACCUUAAAAAGCCAAUCAGAGGUGGACUCCCCAGACUUUCAGCCCUAUUUUUCCCUCCAGCGGGGGCCUCUUCCCGAGGAACAAUGGAAAGGUGAAAGAAGUCGGAUGUUUAUCAUUCCCCUUAUUUCUGCCGUUUUUCCUCUGUUCAACUGGAAAAACCAAGGGUGCUCCCUCCAUCUCCCGCUAAAAAACACUUAUUUACGUUCUGGAUCAAUUGUUUCCCUCCUGUCAUUAACAAACAGAUGAAGGAAGGCUGACAUUCCUUCCAACUACUGAUUUACAAAAAGACGUCAAGUCUAUUUUUUAAGAGAAAACUCUAUAAGGAACAAUUUUAUUAUAUUUUUAUUUGUUUUGGGUUUUUUUUUGUUUUUCUCCUACCGAGUCCCUUUUCUGGAUAUUAUUAUAUUUUGCAAGCAGAGGAAUGUUCCUCUGAGACUGUACUGAUCUCCACCCAACAUACAGACAGACAUCACCGCAAUAAAACACUGGAAUCCAAACAACAGGCACACACUGACAAUAUUAGAAUCACUCUACUUACAGGGGUUGUUCACUAAUCAGUCAUAAUGUUGUCUAGGGAAUAAUUAUCAGCAGGGUUUAAGUAAAAAAAAAUUACAAAGUGAAGAAAAAAAAGCCUGUGCUGAAACAAUAUAACUUAUCGAACUUUUCUUCCUGGUUUCUAUUUCCCUCACAGCUGCAGUCAGUCUCAGGUUUUCCUACUUCAGCUGUGAGUUUAUUCAAGUUAAAAUGGAUGUUUAGGCACCAGAUGACCAGUUGACUCAACUUCCCCACAAGACCAAACCAGCUAUUUACAGGAACAGACGUGUUUAGUUCCUGAAAAGACUGGGAGAAAUGCUGGCAUAGAAUAAGUUAGCUCAGAUUUGACCAAAGUUUCCUAGCAGGACUCUGGGAUUUUUUCUAAUCCCAGCAUUAGUGUUGAAAUAACAUUGCUUGUUUCUAAAAUAGCUGUGUGUUUUUUUUUUUUCUUUUUUUCGUUUUUUUUUUAUCUUACUCCCAGAAGUUAGAGCAUUGUUAUAUUCUAGACUGAUGCAAAUGAAGUCCAACAAUAUAAUAUUCCUUUGCUUUAGCAGGGAUUAGAAGUGCCAGAUUGGAUGCUAACUGCAGCACUGUUACUAAGCUGGGCUCUUGUCUACUAAUCAUUCAAAUUGAACCAAGUUUAUCUUUUCAUUUUUUCUCCUCCCUGAAAAUAAUGCUGACCGAAGCAACAGGACAGCAAUUAGAAAGAAAUGGGGUGGAAAAAAAUGUGUGCUUUAUUUUUAGCAUUGUAGAAAAAAGCUAAUUUGCUCUUAUGUUCUGUUAGUUCUCAAGCAGAUCUUUCAAA